AUUGCCCCACGCACCGAAAGCUUGCACAAUCUGAUGAAAUUUUAUUAAUGAUAAAAUGCUUUUUUUCGUCUUAUAAAUAUUUGCCCUCUACUGCACAAAGUUCAUAAUGUUGUAUGCGUACGGGAGUCAUAGUAGUUGAGCGAGAGUAUUUUCCUGUAGAUUUUGAAAAGAAAUGGAUUCAUCAAAACCAGCCGCACCUUAUUCAGAACCUCCACCUCCCUAUAGUAGUGCUCCACCUCCAAAUGCUUAUAAUCCUCCACCUGGUGCUUAUGCAGGAGGGGCUGGAUCUGCCCCUUUUCCAACUUAUUCCCAUCAUCCCCCUCCUCCAGGUGGGGUUCCUGUCUUUCCUAUGGCAGCAGGCUAUCCAUCUAAAUCUUCUACUGUGGUUGUUGGAGCCCCUCAUGCUGAACAAGCAGGCUAUCCACCUAAGUCUUCCACUGUGGUUGUUGGAGCCCCUCAUGCUGGACAAGGUCAGUGUUGAAGUGUUUUUCUGCUAACUU